AUGAGUGACGAAGAAGAUGAACCACGUAUUAUACAAGAUCAACCCUAUGAUGAAUCCAUGGAUGUUCCUGAUGGAGAAGAAGUGGCUAGUAUGUAUACACCUAUACCAUCUAAUCGAAAAGUUCCAGCACUGGAUUCACAUAUGAAUACAAGUAUGGGUCAAUUUUCUCGAGAACCACCUAUUGUACGUCAACAACGAGGUGGUACUCCUGAUGCUAGUCCUCGACAUGGUAAUGAUGAUACACAAGAUGAAACUGAUUCUGAUCCACCAUCAUCACAAAUGUCAAAUGGAGCUGGUGGACAAAAAGAAUAUAAAGCAUCGGAUGUUAAUGCUUAUGAUCCAAAAAUGUAUCAUGAUUUACCUGUUUCAGCGGAAGUGAAAGAUAUAUUUAAAUAUAUUGAAAAAUAUCAACCACAAGAUAUUCAACUUGAAACAAAAUUAAAACCAUUUAUUCCAGAUUAUGUUCCAUCUAUUGGUGAUAUUGAUGCUUUUCUUAAAGUACCUAGACCUGAUGGUAAAGAAGAUCAUCUUGGUCUUAUUGUUGUUGAUGAACCAUCAUCAAAACAAAGUGAUCCGCAUGUACUCAGUCUUCAAAUGAGAUAUACAUCAAAACAACCGGUUACAAGUAGUUUAUUAACUAAUGUAAGAAAUGUAACAAAUGCGGAUAAAAAUCCAAAAGCUAUUGAAGAAUGGAUACAUAAUAUAAGUAAAUUACAAAAAGCUAAGACUGUCGAUACUAUGCAAUAUCGAAAACCUAUGCCAGAUAUUGAUAAUUUAAUGCAAGAAUGGCCAACACAGUUUGAAGAACUUCUUAAAGAGACUUCAGUACCAUCAUCUGAUAUAGAUGCAGAUUUAGCAACAUAUACAGAUAUCGCAUGUUCACUUCUUGAUAUUCCUGUUCAUGAAUCUCGUGUUGAAUCAUUACAUGCUCUAUUUACACUUUAUCUCGGAUUUAAAAAUUCAGAACAUUUUAAAGCAAUGAUGGAUGCAUCCGAACCACCUUUUCGUCGUGCGGGAAAUAAUAAUGAAGCUGAUCAAAUGAUUAUUGAUUAA